AUGACGCACGCCCCCAUUGUCCCCUCGACGCCGGACGUCCCGCUCUCGCCGCCGCUGCCGUCGAUUCCCGCCGUCCCGGCCGCCCCGUCGCUCGCGCAGCGCGCCCACCUCGAGCUGCGCGCGGGCGACGUCGCCGCCGCCGCUCGUCUCUUCGACCAGCAUCUCACGCUGCGCCCCGACGACGCCCGCGUCUGGCUCGACUGGGCAAAGGCCGAGCGCCGCGCGGACCCGGCCGCCGCCGCUGCCAUUCUGCAACGCGCCGUCGCCACCGUCCCGCGCGACCCGUACCUGUGGCAUUUCAGGGCCGCGUGCGUGACGGCCGCUAACGGGAAGGCCGCCGCACGCGCCGUCUUUCGCUCCGCCAUGGAGCAAUGCCCAGAUUCCGCCGUUUUGCUCUGCGCUUGGGCGAGCCUGGAGGCCGACGCGAAUAACGCAGACUCCGCGGUUAAACUGUACCGCCGGGCCGUCGACACCGACCCGACUGACCCGUAUAGCUAUGUCAAGUGGGCGCAAUUGGAGACGCGUCGCCGCAACUUCCGCGGAGCGCGCGCGGUGUAUGAGGCGGGUGUAAAGAAUGUGCCCAAGAUUCGCGCCGUCGUGCUGUAUGCGGGAUAUGCUCAGCUGGCUGCAAACGGACGCAUGCCCGACAAGGCCCGCUUUCUGUACAUGCGGGGCGCCGAGGCCGACCCGAAGGAUAAGCUGAUCUGGCAGGCGUGGGCCUGUCUUGAGGAGCGCGAGGGAAAUGUGAGUCGCGCCAGAGAGCUAUUCGAACGCGGCGUGGUGGCGGACCCGUCAUUCUCUUCCAAUUGGCAGGGCUGGGGCAUGCUGGAGAUGCGCGCGGGAAAUUUGGAUGCCGCAAGGUGCCUUUUCGAAAGGGGCACACGGGCGGAUCCUGAUGACUCAGCCAACUGGCAGGCGUGGGCGCAGCUGGAGGCGGGGGAGGGGAACGUGGCGGAGGCAAGACGGCUGUAUGAAGAGGCCGGCGAGAGAAUUGGACAAGACGCAAGGGCGGCGGUGAUGUUUCUGGGGUGGGCUAAGCUAGAGGCGGACCUAGGCAACGUAGACAAGGCGAGAUCGUUCUACCGGGCAGGGUCGAUAAGAAAACGGGAGCGGCCGCAGGACCUGGUGAGGCUGCUGCACUCGUGGGCGGGCUUAGAACGGAAGGAGGGGGAAGCAGAAGAGGCGCGGCGUUUGUACAGGCGCGCACUAGACCUGAACGAGCGGGACCACCGGACGUUGCACGCGCUGGCACAAGUAGAACUAGAGGCGGGUGAAGUGGGUGAGGCGAGGUCGCUGCUGAGAAGAAGUGUUAAGGCUUCGCCUAGUGACGUGCUGUCCGUGAGGGGAUUGGCCGAGAUCGAGGCGAAGCAUUUCGCGGAAGAGGGCGGCGUGGGCAGAGCGAGAGAGCUGUUUUUGAGAACCAGUAAGCAGAUGAGAAAGCCCGCAAGUGUGAUAAGGGCGUGGGCCGGGUUCGAGGAGCAGCAGGGCGACGCGGAGCUCGCGACUAGGCUUAGAUGUGUAGCGGAGAAGAGGUCGAAUUGA